AUGGAGAAGCAGCAACAGGCAGAGGAAGGGGCUACCAAUGGCCAGACGGGGCACACCAACAAGAGGAAGAUUGAAGAGAUUGAAGGUGGGAGGCGUACGGGUAGGCUCGAUGCUUUCGUCAUCAGGAAAAAAGCAGACACGCCAAAGAAGUUGAAGGCUCCGUCCAUCGAGAUUGUGGUCCAAAAUGGAAGAAGCGUCGUCACCUAUGAGAAAUCGGUCCUCUCUGAAGAUGAAUGUGCGGAAUUGAGCCAGGAAGUGUUGAUCGCCGGCCACUGGUCGCGCGACGUCAUCCCCACGUUCGGCAAGAACGUACUCUCGCCUCGCCUGGUGUGCUCCUUCGGGGAUGUGGGCACCGCGUACCGCUACUCGGGCAUGAUCCGCAAGGGCACCGGCUGGCCCGAGGUCCUGCUCGCCAUCAAGCGUCUGGUCGAGGAGCGAGCGAACCAGCCCUACAACUACGUCCUCUGUAAUCUCUACAAGGAUGGCGACGACUACAUCGGCUGGCACGCCGACAAAGAAGGAGACAUCGUGCCCGGCUCGACCAUCGCCAGCGUGAGCCUUGGCGCGAAGAGGCUGUUCAAGCUGCGGCACGAGCAGACGAAGGAGGUGAAAGAGGUGUGGCUCGAACCGGGCAGCCUACUGCUGAUGAAGGGCGACACCCAGAAGCACUACAAGCAUUGCACCGUCACGGAAAAUCGGAUCAACCUCACCUUCAGGCUGGUCAACCACAGGAGUGGAUGA